AUGCCGCCUUCAUCGCCACCACCUGCGAGCUACCCCAAACCCACUCAAGAAAUCCUGGAAGCCGUCAAGGCAGAACAGAAAUGCGCUCUUUUGGCAGCACUAUCAGCCUUGUUGGACAUUGUCGCCAAUGGUGUGCUGUUGCUGGAUCGGCGCUCUACAAUGCGGACAAUUUGGAAGGUUACGCUGGCAGUGAACCUAUUCCAAGCUGGUCAACUAUGGGGUGCAUUUCACAGAAAGAUACAAAAAGAGAAACUGCACAGUAAUUUGCCCUUCAAAUAUCACGUUGGAAGUCACUUUCUGGAGAUGAUGGAGAUUAUGAGGCGUAUCUGGAGACUCACUACAAUCAUGGUGACACUGACUUUUUGCAGCUAUGUUGUCAUGGUUUGA